AUGCGGCUGCUGACGCACAAUAUGCUCGUAUGCCAUGUCAAGGCGUGUGCUGAUACGGCUGGACGCGACGUAGACGCUCGUCCACUUAAUUUUCCACUGAAAAUUGUACCAGAGAUGGAUGGUGUUGUUGUACUUAAGACACAGUUCAGUAAAAGUUUUAUGCUCCAUAUUAUGCGCUCCAUCGACUAUCCUGCACUAUGCCACACCACCAAAGAGUUAAACCAUCCGGAGGUGCCGACUUUACCAGAGCAUCUUCCUGCUGACUUGUCAGAGCAGGACGACUUGCUGAAACUGAUCCAUCGUGUCAUUUUUGACACGAACAUCGUAGAGGGAGAGCUGGUGUGCAACAACUGUGGACGUAGCUACCAAGUGUCGAACGCCGUGCCAAAUAUGCUGCUCGAAGAGGAUGAACUGUAA